CCCUCCAUCCAAGCCUGUGCCGCAGCCGCAUCGCCACCGCAGCCCCGGCAGAGCUGAGCCCGGCCCAGGCCCCUGUCCCUGCCCGGCCCUUGGCCUGCCGCCCCUGGCUCCGCCCCCGCCCGCGGGCCACCCCUAGCGGCUCCGGUGUCCCCUCGGCGCCCCCAGACCCCGGCCUCCAGCAUCGAGGCAGGAGGCAGGGAGCAGCAGCAGAGGCAGGAGAACGAGGAGGAGGAGGAGGAGGAGGAGCCGUCGCAGGAUGAAGGAUCGGACUCAGGAGCUGCGGAGUGCGAAAGACAGUGAUGAUGAGGAGGAGGUGGUCCAUGUGGAUCGGGACCACUUUAUGGAUGAGUUCUUUGAACAGGUGGAAGAGAUCCGGGGCUGCAUUGAGAAGCUGUCGGAGGAUGUGGAGCAAGUAAAAAAACAGCAUAGUGCCAUCCUGGCUGCCCCCAACCCAGAUGAAAAAACCAAACAGGAGCUGGAGGACCUCACUGCAGACAUCAAGAAGACGGCCAACAAGGUUCGGUCCAAGUUGAAAGCGAUCGAGCAGAGCAUUGAACAGGAGGAGGGGCUGAACCGUUCCUCUGCGGACCUGCGCAUCCGCAAGACCCAGCACUCCACGCUCUCUCGGAAGUUCGUGGAAGUAAUGACCGAAUAUAACGCGACUCAGUCCAAGUACCGGGACCGCUGCAAGGACCGGAUCCAGCGGCAGCUGGAGAUCACCGGAAGGACCACGACCAAUGAAGAACUGGAAGAUAUGCUGGAGAGCGGAAAGUUGGCCAUCUUCACCGAUGAUAUCAAAAUGGACUCGCAGAUGACGAAGCAGGCGCUGAACGAGAUCGAGACGAGACACAACGAGAUCAUCAAACUGGAAACCAGCAUCCGCGAGCUGCAUGACAUGUUUGUGGACAUGGCCAUGCUCGUGGAAAGCCAGGGUGAGAUGAUUGACCGCAUUGAGUACAACGUGGAACAUUCCGUGGACUAUGUGGAGCGAGCUGUGUCCGACACCAAGAAAGCUGUGAAAUAUCAGAGCAAGGCCCGGAGGAAGAAAAUCAUGAUCAUCAUUUGCUGUGUGGUGCUGGGGGUGGUCUUGGCGUCAUCCAUUGGGGGGACGCUGGGCUUGUAGGCCCCCCACCCCAUCUCUCCCAGACCCCUCCCCUACCACAUCAGGAGCAAUACCCCCACCAGCCCUUUCCAUCCCCUGCUCCAGGCUCACCCCCAAGACAGACCCAGGCAGCCCCCCUUCACCCCCAUUAGACCCUGGAGUCCCUGGACCUCCCCCUGCCACGGACCACCCCUGCCCCCCGCACGUAGAUAGCAGCAGGUGUGAUUCCACAUGCACACCAACAUGCAUGCCGCUGGCACAUGCUCGAGACGUGUGGACACCCCAGCGUGUGUGUGUACGUGUGUAGAUGUGUGUAGAAUCACCAAAUCACUCUUCUUACCCCCCACCUCGAGUCUGUGCUGUCUGAGCUUCCCCCCUUCUCUUGGGUUGUUGUGUAGACUAUGAUCAGGUACAACAGAGCAGCCCACCAAGCCCCACUCUGUCUUCUGUGAAUAGGUGUGUGUGUGUGUGUGUGUGUGUGUGUGGCCACAGAUCUGUGGACACACAAUUUGUGUGCGUGGAAUUUUGUGUUUGAGUGUUUCCAUCUAGUGCAACAUCACUUCCUCCACUGACGCCCCUCCCCUGUGUCUGCUGUAAAUGGGGUGGGUUGCGUGGGCACAGACACUCACAUUCACUUUCCCAGAGGAUCCAGGGAGACCCAAAUACACAUAGGCCGUGGCAGACACCCAAGCAUGAUACAGAGCACCCUUCUGGCUUAGUCACCCCAGGGGCUGACACAUGUCCUGGGGAGUGUGUGUGUGUGUGUGUGUGUUGUCAGCCUGUGGAGUUCAGCCAAGGUGAGUGGAAGCAUAUGUGUGUAAAUAACCUGGCUUGGCCUGUGUAUACAUGUGCACUUCCCCCAGCAGGUGAUGAGAGGGACACGUGUGUGUGUGUCUCAAGGGUGUACAUGAAGUGUUGGCAGGUCUUCUCCUCAGACAGAGCUCUCCAUAUCGUGCACUGGACACCUGUUUUGGGUGGGCACAGAAAUCUGUAUUUCUGUGCUGUCUAGAAUAUCGGUGUGUGUGUGUGCAUGUGUGUGUAUGGAGGCUUUCUACAUAGUGUUUCUGCCCCUGUGUGUUAUACACACACACAUUUAUCUUUAAAGACGUGUGCCCCAUCCAGGUUUGUUUAUGCAGAUUUACUUACCCCCCCACUUCCCCGAGCCACUGACCAGUAUCUGGUAUGGCUACACACUGCUACGUCAACAUUGUACAACUGGAGCUUCCUGCCUGCAAAGUCUCAGAGCCCCUGUGCACACAUGCCCAGAUGCUUAUCUUUCUCUGUCUCUGCCAGAGGAUAGGCCUGCACCUGUGAAGGUUUGGCACACCUCAGUCUGCUGACACAUGCCAUGACUGAGGAGGGCAUGUGCAGGUGGCCACACUCAGGCACACACAUACACACUGGAGCACCCGUGCAUGCUAACAUGGGCAUGGUGCCCCUGCAGGCCUGCACCCAUUUGCACACGAAUGCCUCCUGAAAGGGCUAUUGGUAGGAAAUGUUAGUGAUGAGGCAAAUGUCGAGGGCCAACCCAGACAAAUUAACAAUGAGAGCAUGCCUGCCUCCCACACACUGACCUCAGAGCUGGGAGAGGCCAAUGUUUGUCCCCACUGCCUCAGGGACCCUUGAGUUUGGGGAACUGUUUAUUUCAGACGUACUGGAACGCCCAGUGUGGCAGUGGCCACUCAGGAUGCGCUAAGUCCCAGGACCCAUCCCCUGAUACUUCUGCUGAAAUGUUGGCAAUAGCUGUUCCCCCAUCAGGGUGACACUGAAGGUGGGACACAGGCCUGGGUUUCUGACGGUGAGGAAAGGGCUAGCUCCUCCCUUGUUGUGUGGACAACAAACGCAUGGGUGGUUUGUGCAUUUGGUGGCAGGUGAGAAGUACACGAGGGAGGACAGUGUCAGAAGCCCCCCACUCCGUGGCCCAGGAACAUGGACCCACACUUACAGGAUGGAACGCACAGGUGCAGGAAUGUGCCCUGCCCUGGGCUUGGGGGCACAUGUGCACA